AUGUUUUCCAACAUCCCCCCAAGUGCAAUCACUACCACCCCGGACGGCGUGGCACCAAUGGAGAUGCUCGCCAAGCGUCCCGGGCGGCGCGGCCUGCAUAUCGUGGACUACAACCCCUCCUGGGCAAACGACUUCUCCGACCUCGAGUCCCGAAUCCGCUCGGCUCUCGGCUCAGCCGCACUCAACAUCCACCACGUCGGGUCCACCAGCGUCCCGGGGCUCUCGGCGCGGUCCGUGAUCGACGUCGACCUCGUGGUCGCCGACCCCGCCGACGAGGCCUCGUACGUGCCGGCGCUGGAGGCAGCCGGUUUCACGCUGUACUUCCGGCAGCCGGCUUACUACGGUCACCGCUUCCUCGGGUGCCAGACGCCUGAUACAAAUAUCCACGUCUACGGCCCGGAUUGUCCUGAUGUCGCGCGCCACUUGAUCCUCAGGGAAUGGUUGAGUGAGCAUCCGGAGGACAGGGACAAGUAUGCGGCAGUGAAGAGGGAGGUCGCGGUUGUGGCGGAGGAGAAGGGCGAGACGGGCAAUCAAUACGGCAAGAGGAAGGAGUGGGUUAUCCGGGAAAUCAUGGACAGGGCGUUUAGAGAGAAUGGGCUGUUGCCGGAUGGUAGUGGUACGAGGUCGGAACAAGGUCAUUAG